UGACGAUGUUCGUGGUUGAGGUCACGUGGUCUUGGGUACAUUUUGUCUGAGGUUUUUUUCUCCAUACGUAGCCAGUCUACUAGCUAGAAGUGGUCAAGUCUUUUACAUUAAUUAGGUCUUGCAAAAAUGUCCAAACUACAGUUGUUGAAUGGGUUUCUUACCAAGCGACUAACCGCGGUUGCCGUGGAGAUAUACGUAGAAGUAGAAAAAACGAUAACAGAAUACCAGGACGAAAUUUCCAGUUCAAAGGAGGAGAUCAAGCGUUUACGACGGCUGCUUGAUUUGGUUUUCAAUCCGGAGAUAAAAUUACAUCAAUCAGACCUCCAUCAGCUCUGUCUCCCAGAAGAGGUCCCCCUUGAACAGCAGCAGUGGAGCCCCAGUCUGAAGCAGGAGAAUCCAGAGCCCACACAAGUUAAAGAGGAACAUGAGGAACUCUGGACCAGUCAGGGGGGAGAGCAGCUUAAAGAGCUAGAGUCUGAUACCAAAGAAUUCAUAUUUACUCCUGCUUCUGUCGAAAAUCAGGGCCCACCUCAGCCCUCACAUCUUUUCCAAAUGCAAAUUGUGGAGUCCCCUACCAGUACAACUAAAGAGAUCAAGAUGAAACCAAGUCACAUUGGUGAAAACCCUUGUCUUGUUUGUGGCAAAUGUUUCAACUGUAAAUCUGCUCUGGAAAGGCAUAUGAGGGCCCAUACUGGGGAGAAACCUUAUUGCUGCAGUGUAUGUGGCAAAUGCUUUAGUCAGAUCGGACAUCUGACAGUGCAUAUGAGGGGACACACAGGGGAGAAACCGUUUAGGUGUGAUAUUUGUGGCAAACUGUUUUAUUGGGAAUCUGAUCUGAAAAGGCAUAAGAGGACCCAUACCGGGGAGAAACCUUAUGGCUGCAAUGAAUGUGGCAAAUGCUUCCGUCAGAUAGGACAUCUGACUGUGCAUAUGAGGCGACACUCAGGGGAGAAACCACACAAGUGUCCUCUGUGCAGAAAAUGUUUUACCACAGCAUUUCAAUUAAGAUUACAUACAGCAAGUCAUACAGGAGAGAAACGGUAUUGCUGUCAAUAUUGUGGUAAAUGCUUCAACCAGAAAAUAAGUCUGACUAAACAUUUGAGUGCACACACAGGGGAGAAACUUAAGUAGUGCAAGGAAUGUGGCAAAUCCUUCAGGAAGAAGGGAACUCCGAGCAACCAUAUGAGGCAUCACACACCGGAGCAAAUAAUGCAGCAUAAUGCAGCAACCUGAGUGGAAAACUGACAAUUUGAUUAUUCACACUGGAGAGAACAAUAUACAGUGGGUAUAAAAAAGUAUUCACUCCUUUUGACUUUUUCAGAUUGUGUUAUGUGGGGUUGAAAUGCUGGCCUGCCUCUCUAACACCUAGGUUACCUGCCGUCCCAUUUGUUGCCAUUUGUUCCAUUGUUUACGUUGGUUCUUGGUGUCUGUUUCCUUUAUGGUAUGCACGCUGUACAGUAAGCUCACCACUUGCUGUAAUCAGAUAACUGUGGACAUUAUUUCAUUAAGGAAAUAAAUACAUAUUUCCUUUAUUCUCUCUGAUGGUGUCAAAUGACCAUGCUGAAAUAUAUUCAAGCUGUGAAAGUGUAAGGACAUUUUCUGAGUGAUUUAUAAUCAAUAAAUGUACCAUAUUAAACAUUGAAUAAGGAAUA